CCAGGAGGCGGUCUCAUGCCCGUUUCAUGCCUGUCUCGGGGUCCCGCCAGCCCUUCGUGCGGCCGCCCGCCAGCCCUGCCGCCCCCGGCAUGGAAUGAGUCUAUGCACUCCGCCUGGAUAAGUGUGGGGCGCCUCCCCGCGCUGGCGUCCAUGAGCAAGGCCACGGACCCCCGCUUCCGAGUCCGCUGGAGAUACAAUGACACCUACCCCCUGUCGGCCCCCCAGAGGACGCCGGGCGGGACCCGCUACCGCAUCGCAGUCAUUGCCGACCUGGACACGGACUCCAAGGCCCGGGAGGAGAACACCUGGUUCAGCUACCUGCAGAAGGGCUACCUGACCCUGUCCCACAGCGGGGACCAGGUGGCCGUGGAGUGGGAUCCGGGCCACAGGGUCCUGGAGUCCCACCUGGCGGAAAAGGGGCGGGGCAUGGAGCUGUCGGACCUGGUCGUCUUCAACGGGAAGCUCUACUCCGUGGACGACCGCACGGGGGUGGUCUACCGGAUCGAGGGCAACACGCCCGUGCCCUGGGUCAUCCUGUCCGACGGCGACGGCACCGUGGGGAAAGGCUUCAAGGCGGAGUGGCUGGCGGUGAAGGACGAGCGUCUGUACGUGGGCGGCCUGGGCAAGGAGUGGACCACCACCACGGGCGAGGUGGUCAACGAGAACCCCGAGUGGGUGAAGGUGGUGGGCUUCCGGGGCAGCGUGGACCACGAGAACUGGGUGGCCAGCUACAACGCCCUCCGGGCCGCCGCCGGGAUCCACCCGCCAGGUAGGAGCCGGGCGGGGGCGGCAGCGGUUUCAUUUCUUGCUCAAUUUGAUGAUUUUGGCUGUCGGAUGGGUGCACCCCUCGGCCAGUGGAUUCUGGGGGCAGAUGAGGUGUUUUCUGUGUCACCCCUCACCCCGAGUCACGGCCCCCAGAUGGAGCCCGGAUGGCUGUCCCCGGGUGGAUGCGGGAGGGGGCAGCUCUGGUUCUCCCUUCACCCCCCAGAGACGCCAGUGUUGUACACAGGGAAGCAGGAGGACAGACCGCACAGGGUGGCCGCGCGGCGUUCCCGGGGAAGCUGGGCAGGGAAGACGGGCCCCGGACGGACGGCCUUUGCGGGCUCUGGCGUGUCCAUCCUCGUUCCUCUGGGCGACGAGGACCGAGCGCUACCUCCCAGCUCAGACUUCGGGGCCAUCUCCGUGCGCCGCGUCGGGGAGGUGGUGCCCACGCACGGCUUCUCCUCCUUCAAGUUCGUGCCCAACACCGACGACCAGGUCAUCGUGGCCCUCAAGUCCGAGGAGGACGGCGGCAAGGUCGCCACCUACAUCAUGGCCUUCACGCUGGACGGGCGCUUCCUGCUGCCCGAGACCAAGGUCGGGAACGUGAAGUACGAGGGGAUAGAGUUUAUUUAAAUUUUAAAGGUUCAGGCGUCAGGCGGGGCCGCGGGCUGGACGGUUUUAAGCGUCAUCAGGGCUCCACUUCUAUAAAAAGCCGAGGCCUGCCCUUUUGUGGUGUUUGUUUUGCUCUUUUUCUUCCCAGGACUCUGGGGUGGGUCUGGGGUUUAGAGGCUCCAGAGUAGGGGGUUCAGGCCCCUGGAGCAGCUGAGGGACCUCUCAGAGCCCGAAGGGCCACCCCCAGGGCAGGCUCCGGGCUGCCGGGCCCUGGGCCUGUGUGCUGCCCUCUGGCUGUGGAAGCUGCGCGUGGCGGGCCCGGCUCCGGGCGGCCCUGCCCUGCCUUCCAUCUGGCCUCGUUUCUCUUUUGUUCAAUGAAUGUAUCUUGGCUCCUGCCGUCCUCAAGUGCGGAGCCCGUCUGGGACACAGCAGUGACCGGGCAUCUGAAGUUCCCCUGCCCACCAGGAACUCAAGCCCCCUCCGUCCCGAACCUCGGGCGCGAAGGCGGUCCCUCCUGCUUGGAGAGGACCUGUUGACACCGCAGACAGACGGACAGACGCGGCAGGGCUGUGAGCGGGGCAGCCCAGGCCGCCAGCCCGCCCUCGGUCCCCAGCCUCACAUGGACAAUCUGUUUCUUUGGUCGGUUCCAUGUCUCCCUUCAGGAAAAUUCUGUGGCUCCGUAGCUCUUUGAAGCUUUAAUUAUUAACUUACUCUAAUUAAAGCCAUCUCCUUUCUUAUAAAAA